AUGUCAGCCACGUUCGUCAAGAAAAAAUUACGUGUAUGGAGGAUAGUGAUCAGUGAGAAAAUAGAUAGCCGAUAAAAUGGUACUCCGCUGUCGUGCCACAGGAAAUGUUGGCAGAGUCUAGCUGUGCUCCGUAGUCAGGCAUGAGUCAUAAGAUGGUCCCGUUUACACUUGCAAUUUUGCUGCGAUUUCUAGUGCGAUUUUCUCCUUCUGAUGCAUGUGAACGAGUAGAUGAGUAGAUGUUCUGAGAACAAGUACCCUCCAGUGAACUCUAUGGUACCCUCAUCUGAACAUUGAUAAUUUAUCCACUCUUUCACAUCCAUCAGAAGAAGCAAAUCGCACUUAAAACCGCAACAAAAUUUGCAAGUGUAAACGGGCCUUAAAGGGCACCUUGGGCAACCAUCUGAUGACUCAUGGCUGACUACGGAGCACAGCUAGACUCUACCAAAAUUUCUUUCCUUUCCUUUCCGGAGUACCAUUUUAUCACUAUCUAUUUUGUAGAAAGCCUUCGACUGAGUCAGAUUGAGCUGCGUCCUUCGCAAUUGAGCUUAGCUCUCAGAUGCAGCCACAUGCACUUGCUAUUGAUGUUUUAUCGCAGCACUCGUGAUAUUCUAAGAAAUUACCAAAUUGCACAGUGACUAUAUCCUAGGCCUAGCGAUGGCGUAUUAGGGUGAAUCCUUAGUUAUAAAUGAACCUUAAAUCUCCACGUCGUCUUCAUUUAUUAUCUAGAUAAAACGACUGCAUUCAGGACAUCCAAGAGAUGAUAUGGCGGCAGACAGACAAAGUUUACUAUUUGAUGAACCAAAGCCCCAGAAACGCGGUGCAAAUCGACUGUCAGUGCAGAUACCUGCGCCGGGUGAAAGUCGUGCUUCUGUAAGCAGUCCAACGAGACGAAAUGCUAAGACAAUCAACAGAAGAUCAACUUGGUUUGGAAAGGCGUUUGAUGCAAUUGGAAAUGAUGGAGUAAUUGAUAGACUGCUGUUUAUUAAAGCAACCCAUGAUAUUGAGGUAAAGACUUUACUUUUAUUUUAGAACCAAGAGAUGAAGAUGUGUAUAGUUCCAGGGUCAAACUCGAAAGGACUUUGAAGUGAUAGUCAAAAACCCUGCAGAAACUGUGAAAAUUUAGUCGCCUCUGCAAACAUCUCUAUAAGGGUCAAUGCAAUGAGAUUGUGAUUCCUGGAAAAUUUUCCCAGGAUCCCGCAAAGCAGAGUCUCUGCCACUCACGCAUGUAGAGGUAUUGUUUAAAUUAAAUGCAAAAUAUUUCCAGGCAAGGAUCAAUACAUCCAAGUGCCCAACGCAAGAAUAGCGCAUUUGCAGGUGCAACAUUGAGCAUAAGUCAUUCAAUUAGACAUUUGUCAUUAUUGUCAAAACAUUUCUUCUUAAAAGGUCUGCAGAGUGAAUGACAUAAAGUUAUUGGCAAUUUCAAUGCCAUAUAGAAGUCAAUGCCAUAUAGAAGUGCGAUUUAGCAUUUGUUAAACAAACAAUUUCUUCAUAGAGAAGAUGUCUUGUAGCAUGUAAACUACUAUAGCGAGACGAUUGGGAAAACGUCCACCCUGACACUGUCAACAACAAUUUCAUUUUUGUCAAAACUUGUGACAUUUGUCAUCACGUUUCUUACCUCGCGUCUAAUAUUGAUCAUUCUUUUAUUCCAGGACUUCGUUCAAAAUUUGUUCGAACUUUUUGACACAGAAAAUCGUGGUUAUAUAAGUAUCCAGGAAUUAAUUGGAGGACUUCGACUACUUAUGCGGUAAGAAAAUUUAAAUUUUGUCAUGAUCAUGCUUUACCGAUUGAGCUCUGCUGAAGGUCACUGGCUGAGGUCAACGAUAGGUCUUGCGCAGGACCGUACGCAGGAUUUUUUCCACCAGGGGGGCAAUAAGGCCUAUAUGCCGAAAACAGUCCCAAAUAUCCAAAAAAUAAUUAAUAAUGACAUUCUAAAAAUGGUAAAUAUAGUUUUCUCUGGGGGGGGGGGGCAGUUGCCCCCUUGCUGUGUACGGCCCUGGUCUUGCGCACGUACUGUUAAUUUGUUGAGUUCAUUUAACUCUCGCAGAAUUGAAUUAUUAAUUUGUACCAAAUUCAAUUCAAACGUGCUGAGUCAUACUAUAGUUAAGACUGUAGGUUCAAAAAACAUCUGGAAAUUAGCAGUGUAUCAAUUGAAACUACCCAAGCCUGCCAAAUGUAUUGGUCAUUUGGAGAUUAAAUGCAAAUUGUAAAGUGAAUGCGCGCAAAGCAUUACCCUGAGACUCAUUCUUUAAUAAUGUGGCUGGAACCAAGGGUUAAAAAUGGAAGGAGAACCUAAAAAUUAGCAGUCUGGCCAUAUUUGGACAAAUGAAGUAUGAAUACUAAUCGUUCAAAUAUUGGGUCAUAAUUAUUAAAAUCUAUCGUUUUGAGGGAUACACGAUACCAAAAUCUCCAAACUCAUGUAGUGAUUCUCAGAAUUUUUGAAACCUCAGUAUUCGUGUUGUACUUAUUUUAGCAGCUAUUUUUGAGGGGUUCUUCCCAGUGAUCAACGUUCGCUAACAACGUUCGUGCAGCAGAGUGUGGCCAACAUAUCGAUGGUGAUGAUGAUGAUAAACUUUAUUUAACCACGCUAACAUUGUCAGCUAUUAAAAGCUGGUUUCCACAAUGGGCGUGGAAAACAAGAAAUUAUUACAAGUUUAAAAAAAGUAAAGAAUGAGCAUGCAAAUAUAAAAUUCUAAAUAGAUACAUCAUUUACAGAAAUUAUGUGUUUUAAGAGCGAUGGGUAGCGAUUUUCCUUUCAAAACUUGAUAGCAUUCUGCUUUCUCUUACAUAUUUAUUUUUUUUCUGAUAAAGAGUUCCCUAUGGAGGCACCAUUAUCACUAUCAGCGUAUAAAAAUCUUUUAGUUGUAUCUCACUGUAUAUUGGUGAAUUAUUUGACGGUCGAAACAAAGAAGUUAGAGUGAAAGUAGUUUAAUUCUUGUUCAUAUCAGUGCAAACAUUUUAGAGGUUGCCAGAGCACCAUCUGCUAUACCCUCCUGUAGACCUCUGCCACAGAAUAAGAAGCUAUAGCAGAAGCGUAACUCUAGUCGGUUCCCUUAUUGUUUUACGUCCACGAAAAUUUUAACUUGCUCACGCCAUCCUGGCUAAUACAACCGGAAGUUUUUAUCAGGUUUUGGUAGGUACAAAGUGCCGGUUGUACUAGCCAGGAUGGCGUGAUUGAUGACGAAUCGCUUGUAAAAACGCGGACAAAUACUUGCUUGAGUGAGACUUCUGGUAUGCCUUCCUAUUCUGUGCCUCUGCCAAGGACGCACAUUAGUGACAUUAAGCAUGUAGGACGGGAACGCAACGGCGACGUCAAAUAAACUCGUUGAACCAAAUGAUUGCAGAAGAAAACUUGUCAUGUAUUAUCCAUCGUAUAAAAAUAAUACAGUUUAAAGAUCAAGAUUUAACACAGGAUUUAUGAUUGAGAAAGUUCUAAGACCCAAUUUAAAAUAGCAGCUGUCCCAGCUUGAAAUGUAAGCGUUGACAGGAAAUGAAAUUUGCGUUGCAUGAAAUGUAAACGUUGACUUUAAUAGGGGCGGACCAUUAGAAAAGUGAUGUGGGGCAAAAGCAAAAAUAAAAAUCGAGCAGGAGAAACAGAAAAAAAAUUCGUGCACCAGAAAAGUAUAAGAAAAAAAUUCGUGCAGAGACUUUUCAAUAGGGAAAAUUAUAAGUUGACAGGGCCUAUCAGAGGUACAGUGUAAGGGUGGCCCCCAAAUUUGGAAAAUAAAAGAAAAAUAAUUUGGUACGUUUUCUGAUAUAAGUAUUGGUGUGAGAAAAAAUUUUCUAAACCUAAAUGUAGCAGAUAUUGGUCCCCGCUCGCCAACAAUUUUUGGGAAAAAAUAAAAUUCGGGCAAGAGAUUAUUAAAAAAAAAUAAUCGACACAAGCAAAAAAUUUUGAAAAAAUAAUCGUACACGUUGGAAAUGGACUCCCCCCCCCCCCAUCACUUUUCCAAUGGUCCGUCCCUUAGGUCAGGAGGCAGAUCAUUAAUGAGGUAUGGACUAAUAGCGGCUGCUCAAGCGCCAUUUGUAAGCUCAAAAUCUACCUCGGUCUGCUUGACGUCAGUCCGGUUCUAUCUAUCUAUUCACAAUGUAACCAGUCACUGAAAAGCCCUGAUACGGAGUGUGCUGUGAAUUAUCUGUAUCUGUAUACAAGACGUGAUAAUCUGUAUUUUGCCGUUGUAAAACAGAGCUACGGCGACGUCUAAAACGUCCGUGAGAUUUUAAUUAUUAUUUCUGCUCAUUUUCUUGCAUUAAUAUGAUAUUAUUAGCUGUUCUCGUUGCACUUUUGUUCUGCUGUGUUGAAGUUCUUAAUAACGGUGGUUUUUCAUAAUUAUAAAAGUGUAAAAUUUAAGGCGGUUUCUUGACACUAGGGGGGGAACUGUUUCCUCUCAGUUCGAAAAAACAAAAGGACGGGGGUGUUUUCUUUCAGUUGUUUCAAAAGUCAGUUCCCAUUUUCCGUCUAGUCCACACGUCACAAAUACCUGUUGUAGAGAACAAUUAGAAAGUCGGUCCCAGAUCGUCCCAACCCCAUCAGUAAUUUGUUGAAUGUGUACUCCUGCCCUCUGCAAUAUAUCAAAGCAGCUGAUAAACUAGCGCAGGUUGGCAUUCCAGGGCUUUCUGCCUUUAAAUACUUACAUGCAGUGCAUGUUCACCAGCAUGCAAAAUAAACAGCACAAAAAAAAUUGUUUCCUUCAGAGAAAGCGGCAAGGCAAAUGGCGAGAAGACCCUCCAAUGGUUUACAAAUUAUUUCACGAAGAAUUAUUGCUGUGAAACAUGUGAAAUACGAUUAAGAGAUUUUAAACAGGCAUUUGAGAAUAAAACGGUAAGCCAGAACUUUUUGAGUAUUCAACUGUACAAACAGGGACGCCGGAACUGGGGGGGCAGGAGGGGCAGCUGCCCCUCUUGCCUUUUGCUAAGGGAGGCAAGGGGGGCAGAAGUGCCCUUUUAGUUGUAAAUACUACCUGAUAAAUCACAUUUCCAGUGAUGCUUUUUCGGGCAAAAUCAUGAGAUUCAGGUAAUUUAUAGGCCCAGAGAAAGUUAAUUUACAAAAAUAAGUGUGAAUUUGGAAAAGAAUGAGGUUAAUUUACAAAAAUUUUAGAAAAUUUUUGGAUUUUAGAAAAAAAUUUUGGAUAAAUGGAGAAAAUUGCUGAUGUCCGGAAAAGUUUUUUUACGUCACGAAUAAUUUUGGUAUGUCCGGAAAAAAUUUUUGACCCCUAAAAUGGUACACUGACCGAAAUUUUUUUGGCUCCACUAUACCGCGUUUGAUAAAUCCGGUUAACUAAUUGGUGCGUAUACUAAGUCAUUGAGAGGUAGUGGAAAUCAACUCUGAACCUCUCUAAUCAUGCCGCAAAAAAGUUCACGUCCAGGACAGUACGUGCGGAAGGGUCUUAAUGUAUACAUCAAAUUGUUUUGUGUAUAUAUUGAUAGUUAAAGGAUUAGUGUCACACCGGCAAUUCGCAGACUCAAACUCCUGCUGGCGGCCAUUUUUCGGGACGAAUAGAUUAGAUGAUCUGGAAAGUUUUUACAAUCCGUCACAUAUUUAAACCAUCCUUUUAUAAUCCUUGCUCUUUUUGUCUGAUUUUUGUCAGAAAUGUACCAAACAAGGUAUUUUUAUUGCUAUUUGUGGUAUUUGAGUAAAAUGUAAACAAUACUACAAAAGCCCGCAAUGCAUGACCCUGACACUAAUCCUUUAAUACAGUACAUUUUAAGAAUUCAAAUGGCGUUUUAAAAACUAAAUAAAACUAUUUAUUCUCAAGCCAUAUUGUGUUUCUAAAAAACAUCCUUUUUCCAGUUGGAAGUUAAAGAAUUUGCGGAAUUUUCAGUUUAGUCAUUUUGUCUACUCUUUUAACACGCCCUGUAGUAUUGCAGUUACUUUAUUGUAUAGUAUGGUUUCCAGUGCAUUUUGAAAUUGAUCAAACACGAGUGUCUGACUGAGUAGUUCCAAGUCUAAACAACUAAAUGAAGGCUAGCAAACGCCACUAUAUAGUCUUGGAAAAACUCACACGCUUACCACACUUUCCUGCCUAUCUCAAUUACAUUCUUACCUAAUUUUGGUCUACUUUUCAGUUCACAGAGAAAUUGUUUGGCCUUCUUGAUCGUAACUCUGAUGGAGUGAUCGAUAUCAAUGAAUUCAUUGGAAGUCUUGAUCGACUGGAAUGGUAUUAUAAAUAAUUAUAUAUGUUUAUAGUAUUAGUAUGAUACACGAUCUCCAGUAGUAUUAAAACUGAUCCUACACGUUCAUAUCUUUAGUGCAACAACCGAUUUAAAAUGGUUUGAAUGGAUUGAAGAGCAUUUUAAUGUCGCUUCACUGCAAGGUCGCAAGAUAACCUUUGAACAAUUUAAAGAAACUUUACAACUCGAACAGGUAUCAAAUAGCUAUAUAUAUUGCCUUUGGUAUGAGGAGAACUAAAAACUCCACACGCUUGUAGCGUUAGUAUUUUCCAUUAUGUGUGUUUAAAAAUAUUAGAGGGGUUAACAUCAACGGUUAUCGCAGACCGCUAACAGGAAACUUCAAAUCGCAUUUGAAAGUAGGUUUUCGAAGGUUUCGACAAGUUUCCUAACUUCGAACAGCUAACAUCAUCUCAACAUAUACGGCAUAAACUUUGCCUUUUCCAGUUUAUAUAGCGAUCUGCGGUAAACUCAGUCUUAAUCUAUCUAUUAUUUGAAUGACACGUAAUUAUUGGUACUGCUAAUAAAGCUAGUGUUCAUAAUUAUAUCGGUCCUCCAUGCCUUUCCUGUAUUCUGCAUUGACCCAUGUUAGCCCAUAUAAGCUAAUCCAUGCACUCAUUGGAUUUCGGAUUCAUGCACUCCUUGGAUUCCAGAUUACACUUCUUGGAUUCCGGAUUCCGCUCCUUGGAUUCCGGAUUCCGCUCCUUGGAUUCCGGAUUCCACGACUUGGAUUCCAGAUUCCAGAUCGGUUGUGGAUUCUGGAUUCCAGAAACUUGGCCCAGGAUAAGGAUUCCGGAUUCCUCCGUCUCCGAUGUUUGGAUUUUGGAUCCGCUGUCUGGAUUCCGGAUUGCAAAGCUAUUAAAAGUCGGAUUCUGGAUUCCUGGAUUACCUUACAUGGGACGAUCUGCAUAAGGUUGAAUCAUAUACCAUGCUACAUGCUUUGAUUAUGCAAUUGCACUUUGGCAACUCGUUAUUCAGUAAAUGUAAUAAAAAGAGAAUUGACAUGAGUAUAUGAUGUCCUUGUUUCAUGACUGCAUGACAGAUUUUGAGAUUCUAAAACGAUAUAUGAACUUGUAUUUAUCAUUUAUCAGUAAUUAUAGAGAAAUACUUUUCUCCUCAACAAACUUAAUUUUCAGUGUAAGUUUAAUUAAUUACUAUUUUAACUUCAACCAAUCUAGUCAUAUAGAACUAUGAGAGAUAAAUACUGAACUACUAUUAAAGGAAUACCGAAUGGUUUUCCGUGCAGGAUUGCGUGAUCCAUGCACGUGGGAUGUUUCGAGACUUUCGGAAAGCGUAAAAAAGCUCAAGUCGCCAGGCGAAAAAAACAUUCGGUAAUUGUUUUGUAAAAUAACUACAGUGAAACAAUGAUCAAGUUAAUUCACUCUCUGUAGUUAUUGUAAACCUUUGUUCACUGUUUUGGUGAAUUUGCCGCUCGUUUAAUAUACUUUUAUUGUUUAUUUCACGCAUUGAAAUGUUUUCGUUGUACGACAUUUUGAAAACCCCGCGGAAGACAUUUAAAUUUUCCGCGCAGCUAGGAUUGUCUCAUUUUGCACUUCCGUGCAGGUAUAUAAAGACAAUUAUAGGCUACUGAUCAGAAUUUUAAUUUCUAUUUAAUUGCACUGAAUUUUAACCAUGUGCAGGCAUUGUAGUUCCUCUUCGAUAAAUGUUUAAUUCUAUUCCUUUCAUCGUUGCAGGUAUUUUUCGCUAAAAGAUUUUUUACGCUAUUUGAUAAAAAUGGAGAUGGUAAAAUCGAUAUGAAGGAGCUUAUUGAAGGUUUGGAACUCUUGAAGAAUGGAACAGUUGCAGAUAAACUUACAUUUUUAUUCCGCGUCUACGACUUGGAUGGUAAAUAUGUUAUGUCAAAUUAUCUGAUAGAUUAUUAAAGGUUACCCUCUAUACAACUUUUCGAAAAUGAUGAAAAAGUACAAAUUGAAUAAUUUAAGUGUGGACAUAUCCAUUUGUUCCAAUAUAUGAUGGACAAUGACUGAAAUAAGAAAAUUCGAACAUUCGACGCUGAAUUUCAAAUUAAAAUUCCCUAACAAUUUUCAUAUCUUCAUUUAUUUACUAGUAAUAGACAAUUAAUCUGUAAUAAGAAUGAGCAAUAUUUGUUGAAAAAUUUACAGUUGUCGUCUGUUGCUACUAACAAUGUUUAUUUCAAUAAGAAAAUGGAUCAUCCAGUUAUACUAAGCGAAACUGAAACGUCAUGAUUGAUUUCGCAACCUUAAAAUUGCUUUCCAGCCGUACGGGACAUUUAAUGGAAACUCGGAAACGCCCAAGUUCCGCCGUCUCAUUAAGAUUUGAAAUUUUCGGUGCGGGUAUUCAACGCGAUUGAUAUAGGAGGCAACUCUUCAUGUAAACCAUUUACCUGAAGAGUUUGUGUAUUUAUAUCAUGUAUAUAAAUAGAAAAAUCCAUUACAUAACCCUGGAAAGCAGCUCUUAAGUGAGAGCUUUUUUGUGCAAAACUGCAUGUCUGUGUCUGCAUGAUAAUCUUAAAUGACUUAAAAGUAAAUACGUACAUUAUUUUGUUUUAAAUACUAAUGAUAAUAAACUACUAAAUGUACAUCUAACUUUAUUAUUUAGGAAAUGGUUAUCUAAAUCGCGAAGAAAUGAAAACAAUACUUCUCUCAGGUCUUGAGGAAAGUAAACUGAGAUUGAAUGAUCAACAAGUAGACGAACUAAUGGAAGUAUUUUUCGAAGAAAUAAAUUCAAAACAUGAAGGUCUCAUUGGGCUAGAAGAAUUUAAAGACUUUCUUUUAAAAUAUCCUGGAGUAGCUGAGAAUUUAUCUGUCAGGUAAAACUAUGCAAAAAAGUCCUUGGUACGGCUGUUGUACAAUUGAUACAUUUAUCAGUACCGCAAAUUAAAAAUUAACUCUUUUACGAUUUCAACUCAACAUGCAGCAUUACAGAACUGCUACUGCGUCACUCCCAAUCAUUUAUACAGUAAAUUCCAAGAAAUUAAAAAUGUUUUUAAUCGAAAUAAUUUAUUUUGAAAAAAUGCUAACAAUCUCCUAAAUAAACGUAAUUUAUUCAUAACCAGUCAUAGCAAGUGCGUUCUUAUAAGUUCUACUUACAUUGGAAAAGAUAAAAAAUAUAGAUUUUAAUUAUGAAAAUCAAGAUUAAGAUAUCACAAUUUACAUUUUAAAAAUCUGAAUUUACGAAAAUAUUACCGAAACAUGUAACAAAUUACGGUACAUUAAUUCGAAAGUUACUGUACAAUGGUAAUUCUGGAAAUUUUUUAACUUCUUGUGUGAUUUACGUAAACUUCGUUAAUCCUAUAAGAAGAAAAUCCAACUGCGAUUUGAAGAUAACUGGUGCGCAUGACGACAAAUUUACAUAAGUUCGUAGCAACGUACUUGCUACGAAGAACUCUUGUUGGAAAUUCGUCUUGUUGGAACAAGUUGUAGCAAGCCUGCAUGUUACCGUCAUCAAUCCUGUAACAAGGUGAUAACAACUUCUACACUGGGACUAAGCAGUGCGAUCACAUUCUGAUAUUGGCUUGACAACAACUUUGUUACAACAUGUUUGCAGAUCUGUAAAGAUGAAUUAAUAGGAGCAACAAAAUUGCUGCAACCUGCAACAAAACCUGAUUUCCAUGCAUGUUAAAUAGAAUUGUUCACAGAUAAGUGACCAAAUAUAAGAAAACCUUUGUUAAUAAUUAACAAGCAUCGGAAUCAAUAUGUUGCAAGUUGUAGCAAUUUUAUUGCUCGUAUUAAGUUCUAAUCGAUCCCUGCAUGGUGCUUAUAGAACUAUAAUGAAACAGUUUAUUAUACUUUAUUACCUCAACUCGGGUUCUCUCCAUGGUACUCUUAGACAUUUAAAGACGUUACUUCAAAAUUACUUUAGAUAUAGAAUGAGCCAAUGUAUAAAGAGUUAAUCUUAUGCAGGUAAAUUCAAUUUGGCGAAAAGCGGACCAGUAUGCUCAUAUAAAAAUUUGGCAGUAGUAAUGCUUUACGCCUUAAAGGAAAUCACUGGGCGUUAAUGAGCAAAAUCAAGACAACCUGGCAAUUAUUUGUUAAUUUUCUUAAUUUAGUGUUGGCCAAUUGCUACAACCACCAGCAGCAAAACGAAAGAAUCCACUAUCUCAUUUCAUUCCAAAACGUUUACGUUGGGAGUACAUUCAUCAGAAUCCAUCCAAAGUGGCAGCUGUUACAUUCUAUUUCUUGUUGAAUGCUGCGUUAUUUAUCUGGGUUGCUUUUCAAAGAAGAAAGGAAGGUGCCUGGAUUAUUAUUGCUCGGACACACGGAAUGUGUUUAAACUUCAAUAGCGUAUUUAUUUUAGUGUUAAUGUUAAAGAGUUCUCUCACAUGGUUACGUUCGACAUGGAUUGGAAAGUAUCUUCCUAUCGAUCAACAUAUUCAAUAUCAUAAAGCUGUUGCUGUGAUUAUUUUUAUUUUAUCCAUUCUCCACGGUGUCGGACAUCUUGGGAGACACGGUAAGUUGUAACGUUUAGGAAUAUCUUAUUGGGAUGCAUGACAUCCAGAAUUUGGGUGUUUUCGCCACCACCACACCACAUAUAUAGGUACUUGAGUUGAAAGUCAAAGAUUUUGUUGGGCUACUCAUCCCCAAACUUACCCCUGUCCCGAAAACAAUUCGGUACGCCAGAGUGGUAUAUUAAAAAUACAGUAUUGACAUCGAAAAGUAAUUUUUGAGUUCCUUGCUCGUAGUUAGAUAUUGAUGUAUUCAUCUAACUAUAUUUUCUUGUGGAAUACACCUUUAAUGCUUUGUUCUCAAAUCUCGAAUAACCCUCUCCAGUUUGCAUUGCCUUAUUGAGUAUUUUCAAGUGUAUCUAAACGAAAGAAGCAACAAAUUUCUUAUUAAUUAUUGUUCUUUACCACGUCCGCAUAUUUCCUCUUACAGCGACAAUGGAUCGAGACACCCAAAAUUCGACAAAUUAUAAAUUUUGGGAAUAUAUGUUCACGUUGAGAACUCCUGAAGGUUGGGUUGGUGGUUCGGCUGGAAUUACUGGAAUUUUACUUUUCAUUAUUCUUGGAAUUAUAUUUCUAUUAUCUCAACCAUUUGUCAGAGAGAAGGGUUAUUUCGAGGUAUGUUGAUCGACUUGCAAGUUAAAUAUUUUAUACAUUUUACCUGUCGUGUAUUAUAUUACGGUGGCAUAGUAGAUAGUGCAUAAAUCUUCCACCUCUGUGAUCGACGAUUGUCAAAAUAUGCAGUAUCGUGGUUGAAAAAUUCAGUCCAAUUAAUGUCCAGUGCAAAAACACCCAAAGAAUUCUUUGCUCACUUACCUUAAAAAUGCAACUAUUUCUUUCAGUUGUUUUACUUUUCACAUCAUUUAUACGUUGUAUGGUGGGCGUUAUUAAUUAUUCAUGCUCCAAACUUUUGGAAAUGGUUUUUUGGUCCAGCAGUUAUUUACCUAUGUGAAAGAUUAUGGAGUUUAAGAAUUGUGAACAGAGCUCGUUAUGGAAAGACAUUUAUACAAGAAGGAAUUACAUAUCCUUCGAAGGUAACACAUGUUUUAGUAAAGUUUCUAUCUUACGAAUAGAUCAUUUGCUAUAUGCAAAUCUUUGUACCUUGUCUCUUCCUUGGUAUCAAAAAAUCAUUCAUUACUCGACCAAACUUUUACCUUAGUUGCGUUGCUGCGAAGUAAAAUCUUUUUGCCCCGAUGAAAAAAUUUACUAUCCCUAGGAAAAAAUUACUCAGUACUCAAAGCGUAGCCGUGCAUGUUAAUUAAGCCAGGUAUCAAUUCCCUGUUGGGAUAUUCAAAUGUUUUUGAGCAAGUGUAUCACUUCAUUAAUUCUGAACAUCAUGAGUUAUUUAUUUUCAUCGAAUACAAUAACAGACAAUAUUUAAGAAUUUAAGAAUUGAAACCAAAUAUAUUAAAUAUUGGCUACACAAGUUGAUUGUUUGUAUUAAUUUUAGGGUUUCUCAAACAUAUAGUUCGACUUGCUCGUGUGAUUUUGUUAGUACGUUUAGUGCAUUUUAAUUUUCCCAUAUUUUUACCAUUUUUUUACAACCCAUGUAGGUGACCCACUUGGUAAUCAAAAGGCCUCCAAACUUUCACUACAAACCUGGCGACUAUGUACUGGUUAAUAUUCCCAAGAUUGCAAAGUACGAAUGGCAUCCGUUUACGAUCAGUAGUUCACCAGAACAAUCCAGUAACAUUUGGCUUCAUAUUCGCGCGGUUGGAACAUGGACUAAGAAAUUAUAUGAUCAGUUCGAAGAGGAAGAAAAAGAAGAAUGUAAGAGAAGAUCAUUAAAAAGGACAGCAAUAAGAAGACAGAAGACAUUCAAAGCAAGAGAAUGUGAAAGGUAAAAAUGGUGAAAAGCAAGACGCAUUAUAUUAAUUUCAGUGUCGGUGAUAAAAAUGAUCUUCCUGGGAACUUGUUUACCCUGUUUUAUGGUACAAACUUUCCUGUAAUCAGUCUGUAAAUUACCACAGCUUUUCGUUACCUCACGACAGAACAAUGAAUGUAUAUUUGUAGUGUAGUCUUGAUUUAUAUUGUUAUAAUAACUUGUUCAACGGUCAUUUUACCUUAGAUUAUGUAACCUGAUUUGAUUUCAUUCGCAAAGCAUCAGAUCAUUUCAAGUUUCAAAUCAUAUGUAUAAUGUACUCAUCUGAUUAAUCAACAGCAAUUUAGAGCACUAAAGUUUUACCUAAAUAUUUCUGCAGAAGUAGUGAAAGUUCAAAAAAUCUGCGAUCCAAGUUCCCGGGCUUAAAGUUACUUUUUUCCUCCCGUGACUAGAUCAUGAAUGCAAGAUAAGAGAUGUUGCAACUUAAUUACGCGGUUAUCACAUCUAACUAUCUAUAAAAUUUGUGGACAUGUUUAUUGACUGAUCUAUAUAGAGAUGAUGAACUAUCAAUUCGUGAACAAAGAGCCAGAAGUAUCCGACGUAAAAGACUAGGAAUAAUUGAUGAAAAUGAUGAUGAUGAUGAAAAUAAUGAAUUACGUGAAGUUGUAUUUGAAGCUAAAGCUGGUUCAUUGAGCAGAAGUGUAAGGAAGAAAAUUAAUAAAAAAGAAGAAGUAGAAUUGGUCAACUUUUCCAAUGAAAAACGGGAUAGUGUGACAAGUGAAAGCAAGUUGCUGGUAAGAAUCUUCACUCUACAAACA